GAGAGGUGCACAGACAUUUCAACUGGAGAUCUGCAGUGUAACUUAUUUUUUUAAAUUCAUUAAUUUUUUUAAUCCAGGGGUGUCCAAACUGAAGUUUUUCAGGGAUCGGCGACAUUUCCUACAAUUAGCAAAUGACCGUGUUAUUUGCCUGCAUUGUAAGAUUUAGAGAGAAAAUGAUUGAUCCCCUCCCACUUGCUUUUUUUCCACCAAUCAAUCAUACAACAUUCGGUAGGUAAGACAUGCCUCAGAAUCGCUAUCAUUUGCUCCACCUUCUCCUUGUGUCAAGGUAAUCAUUGAUCGCUCUUGUUUCGGUUGUAGAAUGUAGUGCGAUUUUGCUGCUACUCGCUACGUUUCUUGUCUUUAUGAUAUAUCCUUUACCUUCUCUCAUUUGAAAAAUACUAAACCGAUCUCAAUCAUUGAAGUAUGGUCGUGGUAUGCCGGUUCCCUCUCGAGGUAUGGGAAGAGUCACUGCCCAAGUACAGUUCAGUUGUAUUUAACUUUGAUGACUAUGGAUCAGUUUUUGCCUGCUAAAUGAAGUUGAAGAAGUUACACUUGCAUCCAUGGACUGUUUUGUGUGCGGCCCUUAGAAAAAACUAAUUCGGACACCCCUGAUCUGAUCGAAAAAUAAUAAGUGAGAGAUGUAUCAGCAAAGUGCGUACACGCUGCUGAUUGUGGUGCUCUUGCGCAGCCCUCCUUGGGCAGGCGCCUCCAACCUGACUCUGUCCGUCCCGGAGGGGCUCCCCGCUCACACUGUGGUCGGCGACCUGGCUACCAGUCUGAGCGGGCCGACCGUCGGCUUCUUCAUCUCAGAGAGCCGCGACUCGCACGUCUUCCGCGAUCUGGAGAUUGACCCGGAGACGGGCAUCAUCUCCACAACAACGGUUCUAGACCGAGAGACCCGUGACCACUACGAAUUUGUGGUUGCCACCCUUGAUGGAGAGGUGGUCAAAGUGCGUAUAAACGUGGAGGACGUCAACGACCAUUCGCCAGUGUUCCCCUCGGAGGAAGUGGACCUGAGGGUGUCUGAGUUCAGCCCACCUGGUAGCCGCUUCCACCUCGAAGGAGCUCAGGACCAGGAUGGAGGGGAAUUUGGCACCCAGGGAUACCGGAUCCGAGAGGCCCAAAUGGGGGAGAUCUUCAGGCUGGAGCAGCGCAGUGCUGACGGAAACCACCUGAGCCUGGAUCUGGUUCUGGACAGCAGAGUGGACAGAGAAGCACAAGAUUUUUACACUCUGACUGUGGAGGCCUUUGACGGCGGCAUCCCCGCCCGGACCGGAAGGCUGCGGGUAAACAUCCGGGUACUGGAUGAGAAUGACAACCCGCCUGUGUUCAACCGGAGCAAGUAUGACGCAGCCGUGCCGGAAAAUGCUCCGGUCAGCUCGUCUGUGUGCCAAGUUAGCGCCGUGGACCUGGACCAGGGCGACAACGCCAGGGUCAGCUACCAGAUCAACCGGCGACAGAGCGACCCUGACGAUUUCUUCUCCGUUCACGAGACCAGCGGCGUGCUUUUUCUCAACAAGCCACUGGAUUUUGAAGCACAGAUUUUGCACGAGGUGAUCAUCACAGCCAGAGACAACGGAGCCCAGCCAGAGUCCAGCAGCACCUUGGUGGUUGUGAAAGUACAGAAUGUCAAUGACAACAGUCCCGUUAUCAGCGUGCUGUUCCUCAGCGAGACCGGGGACACGCUGGUCUCCGAGGCCGCCAGGAUCGGAGACUACGUGGCCCGGAUUUCUGUGUCGGACCCGGAUGACCAAAGCGAGACGGUGUCGGUCCAGCUUGAGGGCGGUGACGGGAAGUUUGCCCUCAAACAGACGGACGACUUCCUGUAUGCAUUGUGCAUCAGCGCCCCGCUCGACAGGGAACAAAAGGAUCUUUACCAGUUGCGGAUUCAAGCCUCGGAUUUUGGGACCCCCCGUUUGAGCAGCGAGACCGUUCUUCUCAUGAAGGUGGCAGACGCCAAUGAUUGCGACCCAGUCUUUGAGAGGGACAUGUUUGUGGUCCAGAUCUCAGAGGACGUCCCAAAGGGGACAUCCGUUAUCCAGAUGGAGGCCCGGGACUCAGACCAGGGAGUCAACGGUGACGUGACCUACUCUAUACUCAAGCCCGACUGGGACUGCCCGGUCGGUGUGGAUGCGCACUCCGGCCUGGUCUUCACAACCGGAGACCUGGACUGGGAGAGGCAGCCGGACGUGUGCCUGUUCCUGGUGAUGGCUGAGGACCAAGGGGAACCGGCCAGGUCAACCAGCGCCACCGUCAGCAUGGUGUUGGAAGACGUCAACGACAACGAGCCGGCGUUCCAGCGAAGACUCUACAAUGCUAGCUUGAUGGAACACAGCGCUCCCGGCACCUGUUUUUUGCAAGUUGUGGCCGAUGAUGCGGACAGUCCAGAGUUUAGCGUUCUGGUCUAUUCUCUGCCUGAUGACCUUGAGGAGUUGGGUCAGAACCAAAACCUGUUCCACAUUAAUUCACAGACCGGAGAGCUGUGCGUCUCCGGGGACAUCGAUAGAGACGGCGGACAGAGUGUCCACAACAUUCUGGUCAGAGCGGAGGAUCCGGGAGGCCUCAGCGCACACACCUUCGUGCACGUUGACAUCCAGGACCUCAACGAUAAUGCGCCGGUGUUCAACCCCGAGCGCUAUGCCACCAGCGUCAGCAGUCACACGCCGCCCGGCACCGAGAUACUGGGAGUGGCGGCCACCGACGCGGACGACGGUCGCUUUGGCCGCAUCACCUACCACAUCCUGCCGGGCGACACGUCUGCUCUGUUUGCCCUCGAUAAACAAACAGGAACGCUGUACCUCACGUCCUCGUUGACUCGCCUGGGCGCCGCCAGCAUCAGGUUAUCCAUCGCGGCGCAGGACGGCGGGGGCGUGUCAUCGGUCCGACCGGCCGAGGUGAUCGUCGAGGUCUUGACGAGUGUCCACGCUCCGGCCGUGUUCCAGACAUCUUGCUACACCUUCACCGUGCCAGAGGACGCCCAACCAGGCUCCAGUGUGGGCACCGUGCGGGCCGCAAACCCGCUGGACGCCGCCGAAUCCGUCUCCUACCGCAUCGCCUCCGGCGACCCGCACGGGCUGUUCGCCGUGGAUGCCAAGUCAGGCCUGAUCAGGACAGCGAAGCCUCUGGACCACGAGACUCGACCGUACGCCCUGCUCUUCCUCCAAGCCUAUGACCAAACCUCCCCGGUGUACGGCGAGGCGCGGGUUAAUGUCACCGUGACCAACAUAAACGACGCCACGCCCGUAUUCCCCAAAGUCGAGGAUGCCGUCUUUGUGUCAGAAAACACCGCACCGGGCGCCACGGUGUACAUCGCCCACGCCCACGACGACGACAGCGGCAUCCGUGGCCAGGUGACCUAUCACUUGAGAGGUCGGCACGCCGGGGUCUUCGCGGUGGACCCAAACCUCGGAACGGUGACACUCAACCAAACACUGAGGGCGGACCCUCGAGGCGGCCCAAUUGUGUUGGAAAUCACGGCCGAAGACGGCGGGGAUCCCUCGCGCAGCGCCACCCUGAGGCUGACGGUGAACGUGGACCCGGCCUCUCCCGGUGACAACCUGGCCUUUGAGAUGCUGGUGUACCAGGUGGAGAUUGGCGAGGGCUACCAAAGGGACUCCAGAGUGAUCCAGUUGAGAGCCCACUGGAUCCACGGGACUUGCUCCGACACCGCGACUCCGGUUUACUCCCUGGAGGAGGAAGUGGGCUCCCCUCCGUUUCCCUUUCGGAUCCAUCCCGGAAGCGGUUGGUUGUACCUCUCCGAUGAUCUGGACUACGAGCGGGAAUCAGCCUAUCGCUUCAGAGCGGUCGCCACAUUGGGCGAGGCCAACGCCACAGCAGCGGUGGCGGUUCUGGUGCUGGACGUCAAUGACAACGCGCCGGUUUUCAGCAGGGCCACGUACUACGUGGUCCUGCCGGAGGGGCCGUGGCCUCGGGGGCCGGUUGGACAGGUCAGCGCCACUGACCGGGACUCUGGGAAAAACGCUCGGCUGUCGUACAUCCUGAUCUCGGAUGGGAAGUUCUUCCGCAUCAAUGCUGAAACGGGCGAGAUUGUCAACUGGAUGGAGUUGGAUCGGGAACAGCGCAACCAGCACACGCUGGAGGUCAUGGUUGUCGACCAGGGCAGCCCACGACGCAACGCCACCGCCAGCGUCCACAUGCUGGUCACGGACAUCAACGACAACGCGCCGCAGUUCAGGCACCUGCCGGCUAGCAAGGAGCGCAAUGUCCAGAUAUCAUCCAGAAUCCCACCAGGAUCCUUGGUGACAAACGCAUUUGCCAAAGACUUGGAUGCAGGUGAAAAUGGAACGGUCACUUUGUCAUUGCUAACUGUCGGUGCGGAAGGUCAACGUUUGAGACAUUUUGAGAUUGACGGUAAGAGCGGAGACAUCAGGACCACGUCGCUGUUCAAGCAAAGCGCCGAAGUUGCUUACAUCCUCCAAGUGACUGCCCGGGACGGCGGAUCACCACCACUAGAGGACACUGCACUCAUUCACGUGCAGGUGUAUGGGUCAGAUGACCAGUCCAGACAAGCCUCCCCAACAGUAGUCAGACGUCUGUGGGUCCGAGAAGACGACCCGCCGGGCACCGUGAUUGGUUCUGUUAGCAUCGCGUCUCCCGGAAAGGAAGUGGUCUACUCCAUCACCGAUGGUGACGGUGACUCACGCUUUGGCGUCAAUUCCCAAUCGGGCGACAUCUACAUCUACCAGCCUCUGGACUACGAGACGGCUGCCCAGUACUCGCUCACUGCGCUCGCCGAGGACGACGCGGGCGAGCACACAACAAUGCGGGUAUUUGUGACAGUAGAGGACGUGAACGAUCACCCGCCGUGGUUCACCGACAAAAUGAUAAGGAUCGCCUUGAUGGAAGACGCCCCCAUCGGGUCCCUGGCGUUUGCCUUUUGCGCCAGAGACGAGGACGGGACAUACCCGAACAGCGCCCUGCGGUACUCCCUCGCCUCGCCCCUGGGCUUCCCUUUCCAGAUCGAUCCACGGAGUGGUCGAUUGAUGGUGGCGGCGCCACUAGACCGGGAGACCAGCCCGGCAUACGCUUUCACCAUCACCGCCAGCGACCUGGCGGAGAGGCGGGUCGAGCGUAGGCACGCGUCGGUGACGGCGAGAGUCUUUCUGAUGGACGUCAACGAUAAUCAGCCCACGUUUAAGUCAGCGGAUGUGGUCCAGGUGGCAGAAAAUGUGGCGGAAGGGAGCCUGCUCCACCAUUUUGUGGCGUCGGAUGCGGACGAAAGGGAAAACGGGAUGGUUUCUUACAUCAUGCUGACAGGAAACCAGAGAGGGUUGUUCGCUCUGGAGGAGAAAACAGGCCUCUUGCGGCUCUCGGCGCCGUUGGACUUUGAGACGGCGCGUCUCCACCGGCUGAGGGUGGCCGCGGUUGACGCCGGCCUGCCUCCGCUCUCGUCCAGCCAGAUGCUGACAGUCGAGGUGAUCGACGUCAACGACUCUCCGCCAGUCUUCAGUCGCGACGUCUACGUCGCCACCGUGGCGGAAAACAGGGAGCCCGGGCAGACUGUGGUCCAAGUGUCCGCCACUGAUGAGGAUUCGGAGGAGAACGCAGUGGUGUGGUACAGUCUAUUAGCGGGUCCGGGCUACGAGCUCUUCAGCAUCAACCCGUACACCGGCCUGAUCACCACAUUGGCCUUCCUGGACCGAGAGCAGCAGUCACGCUUCACCCUGAGAGUUCAGGCCCGUGACAGCGGCCCGAGGCCCCUUUCAGGCAUCGCCACGGUGCUGUGUUCGGUGCUAGACGACAACGAUAACCCGCCGGUCUUCUCGCAGUCGUCCUUCCAGAUCAGCCUUCCGGAAAACCUGCCGCCCGGCGUCGUACACGCCGCCCGAGCUUUCGACCCGGAUAUCGGGGAGAACGGCACCGUUCGCUACUCCAUCCUCGGCGAGGACCACGGUGUCUUUGCCAUCGACAGCCACUCAGGGGCCAUCAAGACCCUUCAGACUCUGGACCGCGAGGAGCAUCAGAACUACACGCUGACCAUCCAAGCCCGUGACUGUGGCCCCGCCCCACUCAGCUCCACCACACAGUUACAACUCCUCAUCUUGGACCAGAACGACAAUGCCCCAGCCUUCACCCUGGACAGUUACCGUACCUCCAUCAGCGAGGGUCUUCCUGCCGGGGCGGCGGUUCUGAGCGUCACAGCCCAGGACCCUGACCACGGGUCCAAUGGUGUUGUGAUGUACUCGCUGAGGGACGACGGCGGCCAGGGCGCGUUCUCCAUCAACGCCUCCACCGGUGCCAUCAGGACUACCGAGACCCUGGACCGGGAGACCAGGGCCCAGUUCUCCCUCAAAGUUCUGGCAACAGAUGGCGGCAACGAAGGCCCGUUGAGCUCAGUCGUGUCUGUAACUAUCCUGGUGGACGACGUUAAUGACAACGCUCCCGUCUGCGAAAGUCAUCCCGUCAAUGCAAUAGUCUCCGUGGACACUUUUCCGAACCGAGUGAUCGCCACGGUGACGGCGACGGAUGCCGACCUGGGCCCCAACGGGACCGUUGUUUUUUUCCCACCCGAUGACCAUGAGAACCUAUUCGACAUCAAUGGAGAGACAGGGGAAAUCUCGAUGAGGCGGCGGGUGAGGGCGGGGUUCUCCGGCAGGAAGUUGCGGGUGGCGGUAUCGGAUCGUGGAAAUCCCGCGCUGACGUCAAGCUGCCUGGUGUUUGUCCACCUCAAAGGAGAAGUCGAAGACUUGCAAUUCACCCACAAGGUCUACAACGCCACCAUCGCGGAAAACAGCAAGGCCGGCAUGUGGAUCACUACGGUUGAUGCCGGUGAACAAUCCAACGGCCAAUUGGAAAGGAUUUCAUACACCCUAUUCCCCGAGAACGGCGAUGGCGUGUUUUCCAUCAAUUCCCACACAGGUGAGAUUCGGGUACGGAAGGACAACACGUUGGACUUUGAGACAAAUCCCCGAAUGGAGCUGGUGGUCCUGGCAGAAAAGGGGCGGCGGACGGCCCACUGCAAGGUGGAUGUCACCCUACGGGACGUCAACGACAACGCCCCCAUCUUUGAGCAUGACGUCUACUGGACUGCCGUGCGGGAGGGCCAAGUGCGCAACACCUACGUCAUGCAGGUUUUUGCCUACGACGCCGACAGCGGGGCAAACGGCCAAAUCGAGUUUUCCAUCAUGUCCGGGAACCAUAACGACGUUUUCAUCCUGGAUUCGGUCCGUGGGAUCCUCACCACCAACGCGAUGCUGGAUCGCGAGAUCACGUCGUCGUACAAGCUUGUUGUGCAGGCAUCAGACAAAGGAAACCCUCCUCUCAGCAGUACCGCCAUCGUCUGGGUCCAAGUGGUGGACGUCAACGACAACAGUCCCGCCAUCCCCCCAAUGGAAGCCGUUCUCCUAUCCGAGAAUCUACCGGCGGGGUACGUGGUGACGCAGGUGACGGCAAACGACGUGGACCUCGCCCCUGUCAUCACCUUCAGCUUUGCGGGGGAUGCCGCUGUGGAAGGUGCCUUCGCUGUGGACCGGUACACCGGCGUGGUCACGUUGACCCGAGCUUUGGAUUUUGAGGAAGAGGUCGAGCUCGCGCUGACCAUCUGGGCAUCGGACUCUCUCCACCGAACCUCCGGGGAGUUGAAAGUCCAGGUGCUGGACGUCAAUGACAACAGGCCCGUCUUCCACCAGGCCUCAUACCAGGUGGAGUUGUCCGAACUGGCUCUGGAGGACACGUUUGUCUUGAACGUGUCGGCCACCGACAGGGACUCGGGACCGAAUGGCAAGAUCACCUACAGGCUGCUUUCGUCUCUUUUACGAGGCUUUUACAUCCAAGCACACACUGGAUUACUUUUCACCAAUAAGGCCGUCAAGGCCACUGCCAACGGCAACCCCGUUCGUCUUCUCAUCGAGGCGCGAGACGGAGGAGAUCCCGCCCUCUCUACCGUUACCUCCGUCGAUUUGCUGAUCCUGGACACCAACGACCACACGCCGCUCUUUCCCCAGGAUGUCUACAGCGUCACAGUCUCGGAGAACGCGCCCAUUGCCACUACGCUGCUAACCAUCUUUGCGUCCGACCAAGACUGGAGCCCCCAAAACACGCAUCUGGACUAUGCUCUCGUCAGAGGGAACGAAGAGAGGCGUUUCUGCUUGGAAGUCAAAACGACACAAGCGGAGAAUCGUAUGAGCAAUGUCGGCCAGCUGGUAGUGUGUGGCCCGUUGGACCGUGAGAACGUUCAGAACUAUGCGCUCAACGUGAGAGUUUCUGAUCGAGGGACGCCACGUCUCAACAGCUCCGCCGUUGUCAUGGUGACCAUCGUGGAUUGCAACGACAAUGCGCCGGUUUUUGCGAGUACAGAAUAUCAUGUUGAAGUCAGCGAAAACAGCCACACGGGCACCAGCCUGGUGCAGGUCAAUGCAACCGAUCCUGACAUGGGAGUCAACAGUGUGUUGCGCUAUGAGAUCAUCUCGGGGAACACCAGAGGAUGCUUCAAGCUGGACCCCGAGUCUGGACUUUUGACGGUCAAUACCUCGCUAGACUACGAGGAAGUCUGCCAAUACAACCUCACCAUCCGGGUGUCUGAUGGCGAUGACUCAACGGAAGAUCGGAAAGUGGCGUUCACCGUGGUUUUUAUCACGGUUUUGGACGAGAAUGACAACAGUCCCUACUUCCUGUUCCCCACAAUGAACUGCUCUGUGCCAGAGAACCUCCCGGCGUUCACCCACGUCUGCGCCAUUCGGGGUCUCGACAGAGACGUGGGCGCCUUUGGACAACUUACCUACUCCAUCCUGUCCUCCUGUUUCGUCGUAGAUUUUGGUGGGGUGGAGAGGAAGGAGUCCGCCAUGGCCGUGGACCCCCAAACUGGUGAUGUUCACACCCAGCAGACGUUGGACUACGAGCAUGAGAGCGAGUAUUGCUUGGUGGUGGAAGCCCGGGACAAAGGCAACAGGGCGUCUACGGUCCGAGUGCACAUUUCUGUCAAGGGAGCGGACGAGUUUAGUCCCCUGUUCACCCAGAUGCAGUACCACUUCUUCCUGCCCCGAAACGCGAAGCCAGGGGAUGCCGUUGGCUUUGUGAUGGCGCUGGACCAGGAUGGAGGUGCAGAUGGGGUGGUGGAGUACUCCCUUUUGGACCCACCCCCGUUCUUCUCCAUCAACAAAACCUUAGGAGCCAUCUAUGCGUCGGGACCCGUGUUCCGCAGACGGGGCGGUGAGGACUUGCUGGAACUGACCGUGUCUGCCAGAAGUCCCCGACCAGGGUCGAGGGCAACUUCCUGCCAGGUUUUUGUCAAUGUCUCUAGCUCAGCCGAGGGAGUUGUUGGUCUGCCGCUUGACGGCCACAUGCUCAGUCUGAGCAUCUCACUUGCCGUAUUCCUGCUGAUCCUGGUUUUCUUUGUCGGCCUGGUGCUCAGAUCCAAAUUCAAAGAGGCUGGCCUAAAAAAUCUGGCCACCGACCUGAACCAACCAGACCGCGCCUUCUCUCUGCAGGACAUGAAACCUGGCAUCUUAAUGAAAAAUGGUGACAUGUCCAGCUGCCAAACGCCAUCCGACUGGAGCGGCCGCGGUUCGGCGGAAGGAGAGACGGCCGAGGACCAGGAGAUCAAGUGGAUCAAUGAGUAUCCCUGCUGCAAGAGGAACGAGAAACGGACCUUGGAAAACCCAGACGGGGAUGCCGCGUCUUGCCACUCUGUGAAUGUUGGGCCAGGACACUUUUUAUCGUCCGGUAAAUGUUUGGUCUCAGGCACGACCGGCAUGGAAGGUCUGCAGCACUUCAAAGAAGAAGGGGGAGGCGAGGGACUACUUGUACGGAUUAGAGAAAGGAAUUUAGAGGGGAAAGAUGCAGAUUCUCUGGAGUGUCUGAAUGGGAGCUCCAGAUGGGACUACUUGCUGGAUUGGGAGCCUUGCUUCCAGACCCUGGCGUCGGUCUUUACGGACAUUGGGAUGCUCCCGGACCAGCAGCUCCAAGGGGGCCGCGAGGAACCGGCCCACCCGCCUCCGCUCAUAACAUCCGUGGCCCAGCCGGGGGUUCGGACGGUGCCACCUCGCAAACCACUACGGGCACCCAGUCUGCGGCGGCGGCCCUCCUACCCCAGGUACGCCUACUCCCCCUUGGCCAGGAACACGGGGCUCACGCCGACGGCCAUGACACCAACAUUCUCCCCUUCGCUUUCGUCACUCACCAUCAGGACCCCCAACGCCUCACCCAACGUAUGCGACCCUGGGGUGGGCGGUAUUAGACUGGACUCCGGACCCCUCACCGCAAGCCUGCUGGAGGCAGAAAUCCAAGUAUGACCAAGUGUUUAACUUUCGUGCAUUUGGAGCUUGUCAAAUAUUUUGUAACCAAGGAAGAAGCCAUUUCCAGCUAAAUAUUAUGAUACCACCCUUCAGUUUGUCUGUAGAGAGAAGACCAGGUCACAGAUCAUUUUGUUCAUUUUCUCGCUUUUGGAAUGAUGGUAUUUAUCCUCCAACCCACAAAAUGCCUCUUCUUUCAUGCCACUCACAGUUAUGUAGCAUUUUAGAGUUAGCGUCAAGUCCCCACUGAAGUCCUCCAAAACUCACCUCCUACCAUUGGAAUCAAUUGACUAAAUGAGUUGAGUCUCGAUUAGCUUUGACGUACCCCUGUCCAAAAGUCACGUUCCUCUGCAAUUCGUCCAUGAUUCUAGAACAUUACAAAAUGGUGGCCCUUUCAUCUAACGUGCCUCGCCCUAUUUUUCUGCACGGGCUAAGCAAACAUUGAGGCGUCUAGCUGCUGAAACCUCGACCAGACGUCUCGGCAGAGACAAUAAACACUGCGGCCCUGACCCUCCGUGUAAUCACCUGGAGGUGCGCCGUUAUUUAUUGAAUCGCGUCCGUGUGCGCCUUCGCUCUUUUUCUUCGACGGUAUUUGUGAUUCCAGGGCGAUGGAGGAGAUCUCUCACCAUGUCUCUCCCCCCCCUCCCAUCCCCACAACGGACCCUCCCCUUCCACCACCGGUGAGCGUUUACGCAAUCCCGCUGACGGACACGCAAACAAACAAAAGAGCGCGGAAAGCACGCCUGACCUCCUCGGUGGCGGUAAUUGAUCACAGACGUCCUUCCUUACCUCGCCUUUCAUGAAACGCAUGUGGGACAUCGGCCCCAAUGCUUUCCGCAUGCUCCCGAUGGCUUGUUAUCGCUCACUGUCAGUAUAAAAAUAACAUCAAGUGCUUUUAGAGCAGCUCAUGUUCCAACCUCAGACCCGCUAUUGUGAUCCUGUACCCCCCCCACCCAAAAAAAAAUCAAAAAACAAAAACACAUGAUGUGAGUCAAGGGCUUGAGAGUUUUUUGAUGUUGUGACCAAAAACCCGUACGUUAGGUUGGUUGAUGAUUCAACAUCGUAGUCGGAACAUUUGAAGACUUUGAAUGGACACGUUAGGCUUCGCUGAAAACGCCAGAGCAUCUGAAGUGUUUACGUUGGGCUGAAUCAUCUUUCACGAAAACACGUACGCGAGCCUCAUUGAUUACUCAAUGAAACUUUGACGUUUACGAAAAAGAUGCUAGGUUUUGAAGCCUCUAAAUCGUCUUCUGUACGUACGAACACACGGAUGCUUUAGUUGUCGAAGUGCAUGUUCGGUGUUUGCGUCGCAUGCAUUCGAUUUGAGACACCGGCAUUAUUUACAAAAACACAUUCCUUCAAAUUUGAGACUAAGUCUUCGAUGUUCACGACAAGAAUGUUAGGUUCGCCGAAGUUUCAAAAUCAUCAACGCUGCUUUCAGAAACGCAAACGUUAGGUUCGAAGACUAAAUCGUCUGAGUUUCUCCAAAGAAAAUUGCCUUGAACAUUGACGAAAAUUUGGUUUCCCGACGACUCCAAAUGUGUCGACGAUGUUGAGUCCAAAAACGCAUUUGUUCGAUUUGAAAAUUCAAAACCAACCUCAACUCAAACAAAAAAUGUGUCGGCUCAGCAAAAGACUUUUUGAAGCUGAAGUUUUUGGUGGUGUUUAGCAAAACAAGCUUGUUUGGUUAUUGAUGGAGGAGAAAAAAAUUGUUGACAAAUCGGUCAAAAACCUCAAAACUGACAUUUUUUUGAAAGCUAAUAUCCUAAAUAAAAUGACUAGUAAAUAAGUAUAUUACAUAACAUCCAUGUGAAAUGUUGUAAAUGUGAGCAUGAAUGUGCCAGUUUUUGGACAAUGGGGAAUAGGUUGAUUUUGUCACGUCUGACUUUUUUUUCCACGUUUUCAGCCCAGCCAAGCUUACUGUAGUAAUAUUUUCCUAGAAACUUUAGCUGUCUGAAUAAAACCUGAAAGUAUCUUUUAGCUCCAC